ACCAGAAAAGAAAAAGCCGCUGCUCGCCUGAAGAGCUUUAGUCCACCGAUCUAAGAAAAAGCACUUUGUUAUAUCUAUUUCUGAGGAUUUAAACCCCUGAGUUUGGGAAAUCAGGAAGUGACGACGGAGUGCGAGCAAGCUAUGUAGCCAGUAGCUGGUCGGCAGGGGAGAAACGAAGACGUGUUGCAGUCCGUAUGUGUAUGUGUGUCUAAGCGCUCAGGCUGCACACUGGAGAGAGGGAGUUUGUUUUAUUCUGAGACAUUUGUGAGUUAUAUAAAAGUGUUUCUAAAUGCAAUUUUUGCUCAUGAAUGUCCUCUAGACUUACCAGUAAGUUAUUGCAUUUUACUGGAAAACAUCUUUAUGAGAUGUGUGGCUUAACAAAUGAAUUUAUUUGGGUUUUGUAUUUUUAUUUUCUUUAUUUAAAGAUCGCCACUACUGUUGUCCAGAGUCCACAUCAGUUUAUUUUAUUGCAUAGUUUGAGGCUGGAAGUUAAGGAAAGAACUAGAGUUAAAUACUGUCUUGUUUUGUUCACACCAAAUUGUGCUAAACCCUCAAUUAUAAAGUUAACACUGCUUUAUUUUUUUUUAAUGCAGUGGGGGGAUAAAAUACCCACAAAAAUAAUUUUUGCUGUGUCCAGCUUUAUCCUUCCUGACCUGGCCACAUACAUUUGCAUAAAAUAAGCAUAUUUGUCCACUCCCACACCUCAAAAACUUGAAAAAUAUCCCUUUAAGAUUCAUUUAGAACAGAUGAAAAUGUGAUUAAUUUGUGAUUGUGAGUUAACUAUGGACAACAAUUUGAUUAAUUGCGGUUAAAUAUUUUAAUUGAUUGAAAGCCCUUAUAUAUGCACACAGUGUGUGUGUGUAAUUAGUUCAGUAUGUUAGUUUGUCUGUAAUCUGUUUUUGUAUCUGUUCUGGGGAAAAAUUCUAGCAGUAAAACCAACUACUUAAAUAUUAUGUUUGUUUUCACUUAUUUUUUUUUGUAGAAAUGUGCAGAUUAUUAUUAUUAUUAUUAUUAUUAUUAUUAUUAAUAAUCUUAUUUUAGAGCCGUUAUAAUGAGUUCAGCAGUAAAGAGACUAUGCUCCUCCAGGAACUCUCAAGCUCCUGAUCCCUCACAGCUGUAUGAGGAUGUGAAUAUAGAGACUUUAGAUGUAGAAACAGUUGAAGCAUCAGAAGUCUGUGUGAAGAAAGAAGAGAUGCUGGACCUGAACAUCUACAACCACGGAAAUGAAGUCUGUGUGAAGAAAGAGACACUGGAGCUGGACAUCUCCAACCACGAAAAUGAAGUCUGUGUAAAGAAAGAAGAGACACUGGAGUUGGACAUCUCCAACGACGGAAAUGACCUCGACAACUCACCUGAGGUUCUCGCCAUUAAAGUGGAAGAUCCUGACAAGAAAGACUACCUCUACUGUGAAGUUUGCAAAUCCUUCUUCUUCAGCAAGUGUGAAGUUCAUGGACCACUCAUCACCAUCCCUGAUACUCCUGUUCCCAUGGGAGUCCCUGACCAAGCCAGACAAACUCUUCCUCCUGGGUUAGAGAUUCAGAAGUCCAGUAUUCCUGGUGCAGACCUGGGAGUGUUUAAUAAGGCGGAGACCGUUCCAGUAGGUGUACACUUCGGGCCCUGCCAGGGAGAACUGGUAGACCGAGAGGAAGCCAUGAACAGUGGAUGCUCCUCGGUGAUAUGCAGGAGUAGGCAGUGUGACGAAAAUAUGGACGCCAAAAGAGAAAUGCAUGCGAAUUGGAUGAGAUAUGUGAAUUGUGCCCGUAAUGAUGAAGAAAAGAAUCUUGUGGCAUUUCAGUAUCGAGGGAAAAUUUUGUAUCGUUGCUGUAGACCCAUUAACCCAGGACAGGAGCUCUUGGUGUGGUAUGGAGAAGAGUAUGCCAAAGAACUCAGUCCUGCACCUACAGGAACAACCAGACAGCAAGAAGUAAACAAUGCUCUGCAACGAGGCUUUUCCUGCACUACAUGUCCUCUUUCCUAUGCAUCUGAAAUAUACCUCCACAAACACAUCCAGAGAUGUCACUACAAAGAGUUUGUGAGACUGCAGGAAUCAGGAGAAAUUAAAGAUGACCUUCAAAUCCCCUCCGAAGACUACCGUAGACAGACAUCAUCCUCUGAUACUCUCAGUACUGACACUUCUCACGAUGAUGUACAUAAGGAAAUUCACCACUGCUCAGAUUGUGGAAAGAGUUUUGGUCAUCAGAAUGGUCUCAAAAAACACCUAUGUACUAACAUGGGAGGAAAGCCACAUCACUGCUUACAAUGUGGAAAGAGUUUCUAUCAACAGAGUGAUCUCAAACAACACCAGCGCGUUCACACAGGAGAAAAGCCGUAUCACUGUUCUCAAUGUGAGAAAAGUUUUACUGACCAAAGGAAUCUCAGAAAACACCAGCGCAUUCACACAGGAGAGAAGCCACAUCACUGCUCACAGUGUGGAAGGAGUUUUUCUCGUCAAAGUCAUCUCCAACGCCACCAGCGCGUUCACACAGGAGAGAAGCCGUAUCCUUGCUCACAGUGUGGAAAGAAUUUUACUCAUCAGAGUAAUCUCCAACGACACCAGCGCAUUCACACAGGAGAGAAGCCGUAUCAUUGUUCACUAUGUGGAAAGAGUUUUACUCAUCAAUGUAAUCUCCAGCGACACCGGCGCAUUCACACAGGAGAGAAGACGCAUCACUGCUCGCAGUGUGCAAAGACAUUUACUUGUUCACUUACAUUUAAGACCCACAAGUGCUCUAACUCAGAGGCAUUGCAUGAUUUAAUGUUGUCAAAUUAAACAUGCUUAUUAUUGUUUUUGCUGAAAACGAUCUGUACUUUAUUUUUCAUUUUAUUUAUAUUGACUGUUUUAAAAUAUGUAAUUUUAUAGUGAUGUUUAAAGUAAGACUUAAGAUCAGAAGAAAACAUUAAGUAGUCAUGACAUUAUUUACCACCACACAAGUAAUGAAUUAACUACUACACUAUUAUCAGUGUGUCUGUGAAGGUUCUCAUUCAUCCAGGUCAUCGUAAACCUUACCUUAGGGUUGCUUUUGGUCCACUAGAGGAUAAAUACCUGGUCCUCCCCACUAGUCAGACAGAACUGAAGAAGCCUUUCGGAUGAGAGGUGAAACGUUUUCAAGAAUUUCAAGCAAGUCCAGUUGCCUUCUUUAGCACUUACGGUUUAUUAUCAGUGUAGUACUGCAGCAUUAGCCAAUGAGAUUCCAGAUAAAUUCAAGACAUGUGAAUAGAGCAGAAACAGUACCAACAAUUCAGUUCAUGAAAAAUCUUUUUGUGCAUGGUUCAAUUUCUCUAUCCAUAAGUUAACUGUAACCAAGUCUAAAAUAUUGGUAGGAAGGCUGGUGGAGGAGUUUGUUGAUGCACACUGCAGGACAUCUAACUAAAAGUUCAUGAUAGAAACCUGAAGGUUAUAAUUGCAUUCACUUUUUUGGAGGGGGACCCAUCCAGUGAAGAAAGCAGCUGUGGUGAACAUUUCAGUCCAACAGGGAACUGCUCCUAGUUGUGGCACAAGGUUGGUUUUCAUCCCCAUUGAAACCAGUUCUGUACUUGUUAACCGUUAGAUUUGCUUUGGUGUUGGUGAACAACAGACUUUACCUUGAGCCUGAACUUAAGAAGUUGAGGUGAUUUUGCAUGUCUAGUAGGGCCUGCUGAUUUCCAGAGGCACUGUAGGAUCCUGAACCUCAAAAAUGCCUGUGGCGAUGGCUAUAGAGAGUGUAAAAUUGAUAUGCGUACCCUAGCAUGUGGAAAAUAAGGAUUUGCAAGAACAAAUUGGUCCUCUCAGAUCCAGAAUAGGAUGGAAAUUGCCUUCUUUUUUCUGAACAAGAAUGCCUGGUCAAUCUUCACCUGGUCUGACCUUUUCCUGUUGGUCAUUGAUUACGGGUUAGGAAAAACAGACACCACACACACACACACACACACACACACUUGUCAGGUUUUGCUCAAUCUGAAGUUUAAUGAUAAAGCAUUAAUAUUUAUAGAACGCUUCUCAGGCAGAGUGUUUACAAAUGUAUAUCAAAAUAGGAGAUUAGGCUAGUACACACCGGUUCUAUGGUAUGCAAUGUACGUCAGAGAAAGAGAGCACAAAUUAAAACAACACUAGGAAGUUAUGGCUCAUUAGCAAUGGAUGAUAAGGAAACAUUAUGUUACACAUAAUAUAGAGCCCUAGAAAAAGAUGACAUUAUUCUAAUGCCUGGUGAAACUACCAGUGAUAAAAUGCAGGGGUCCACAGGGGGCAUGCAGUUCAGGCCAAUCCUGUUGAUGCCUACGGACCAAGGCUUGUACCUCAGGGCCUUGGCACAUAGCUAACAUCCUGUCACAUAACUGUCUAUCGACAUAAUGUUUUCUAUUAUUCCAUGAUCAUUAUACAUGAUUUAAUCAUUAGGAUCAAUUCUGCUUAGUGUGAUUUCAGUAAGGGUUUAGUUAAUUCAAUGCAUACUUGUCUGUACUUUCUUCACUCAUAAUGUACAUGUAACUGUUCCUUGGGUCAUGAUGAUUUUGUCUUUGCUCACAUUUUCAUUUAUCUUAGCUCUGAGUUUUACCUAUCUGGUCUAAAAUGUGUCAUUUGCACCUACACAUUAGAAGAAUAUCAAUAUAUUAGCUGGCUGUGCCAAGCUUUUGUUUAGACCAAGACUAAAGGUUGUUGCCCAGGUUGUCUUUGUAUGUAAAUUAAACUCUCUUUUAUUAUA